AUGGCUGAAGCAAGGUAUAUACCUUGGGCUGAACAACAGCUUGGGCCUGGUCAUCCGCUGGACAGUCAGUCUAAGGGAAUCAUUUACAAUGUUUUUAAGUAUUUUAUACUGGAGUUGGAGAAACAGCAAGGUGUCCCGGUAACUCAUGUAAAUAAAGCAAUUCGUCGAACAUCUGAGGCAACUAAGACAAGUGCAACUACCAUUCGAAAAAUUUGCAAAGAAGCAGAAGAUGCUAUAAAGCAAAUUGGGGUGCCGAUAUUUCCAGGUAAGAGGAGGAAUGGGACAAAAACGGUUAACAAUAUCGACGACAUCGACAAGUGUCUAUUAAGGAGAACAAUACUUGAUUUUUAUGUACAGAGGGAAAUGCCCACUCUUGAUCAAAUUUUAGAGGUGUACAAACAGAAAACUGGUUAUAGUGGUUGUAGAGAAUCGUUAAGAAAUGUAAUGCUUGAAAUUGGGUUCCGUGGAGUUCUGAUCAACAAAAAAAAGUGUAUGAUUGAGAGAUGUGAAACUGUGUCUUUGAGAACCAAGUUUUUGCGACAGAUGCAGACAUUCAGAAACCAGGAAUUUCGUUCCGUCAUUUAUCUGGGCGAGACAGAAAUUAGACCGAAACCGCCAAACGGGUCUAGCAGGCUGGUUAUAUUGCAUGCAGGUUCAAGUAAUGGGUUUGUCCCCAAUGCAGAAUUGAUAAUUCAUGCACAAAAUGAAGACGAUUACCAAAGACAGAUGAAUGCCGCCGUGUUUACGAAGUGGUUUUGUGAACAACUCAUCCCGAAAAUUCCACCGUCUUCUAUUAUAGUGAUGAGCAAUAAUAUGUCUUGUCAGUCGGCUUCCAUUGAGAAACUACCAACAGAGGCUUGUAAAAAGCAAGUCAUCUGGGAAUGGCUAACAGUGAGGGGUGUCAAUCCUGGAAAGGAGUCACUGAAAGGUGAACUUUUAGACUUGGUCAAGCAGCACAAGCGAGAUUUCGCAAAUGUUUGCGUUGCUCAUGAAAUUGCAGCAUACUGUGGUCACCAAGCCAUUCGAAUUCCACCGCAUCAUAAUGAUUACAAUGCCAUCGAACUUUUAUGGAGGUAUAUCAAGACUACUGUAGCGAUGAAAGGACCACUAGAAAUGGAAGAAUUGCAGCAUGUUCUAAAGGAAGUUCUUAGUACAUUCACACAAAAAGUGUGGGCCGAAUCAGUUUGGUGCGUAGAGCAAUUGAGAACAGCCGAUAUGGAAAGAGAUAUUGCAGCCGACAAAUUCAUGGAUUCUAUUACUAUAUUCCAGCUGGAGUCUGACGAAGAUUCCGAGUAG